AUAAGUCUUUACUUUUUAACUAGUGUCUAAUGUUUACGCCACUAAAUAUCUAUAUAAAAAUUAUAAAACUGUUGGACUAGUUAUGAGAUUAAGAAUAAGAUUUUACAACUAAGUUAGGCCUAUUGAACUAUAUAGGGCCUAUUAAAUUUCCCAAGUCUAAGUGCUACAAGAUUAGUGACUUUUUUUCCCCCUUGUACCGUAUGUUCCUUAAUAAUUGAAAAUUAUUAUUACACCCUAGUCCAAACCUCCCACAGUACGACAGGGGUUAGUUAUUGGCAGGGUUUGAACCCAAGAUCACGAAUACAGCAGUCCAGAGCACAUAUGGCAUGCUCAGCUCUGUUUUGGAUACAGCUGGAUCUGAAGCAGCAACAACGCAGCCUGCAAGUGCAGCUGAACGAAAAAUAAUUCUAACUGCAAUUACUAACGCUGAUAACACCAAUAAGAGGCUGCCUGAAGAUUUCAUAUACGUCAUGAUGAAUUCAAUGGAAUUGACCACAAUGGUCUCCUUGUUGUGCUGUCCACAUUGCUUCGACAAAAAAUUAACCAUGUGCAUCACACAAUCAAAAGGCAUGGCUCAUUUGAUUAAAAUCAAAUGCCUAAAUUGUGAAACAUAUUUGUGGCCUGACUGGACCUCAAAAAAAAGUAAUAAUGUUCAUCUGGAUAUUAAUGUCCGCGCUGUCGCUGCAUUAAAAGAAUCUGGAAUCUCGCAUUCUAAAUUUGAUAGGUUUUGUGGACUUAUGAGUAUGCCCUGCAUGCACAGAAAUACUUAUAACAAUCUAGCUAACAUAGUCAACACUGCUAUAAUUGAAGCUGGUGAAGAAUGUAUGAUUAGGGCAUCUGCUGUUGUGCAUGGAAGAAACAUUUCACAACCUCUGACUACAGAUGAUAGAAUAAGUUCAACAGGCUGUCCUGUUAUUACAGUUUCUUUUGAUGGGACUUGGCAUAAAAGGGGCCACUCAUCUCAUUCAGGAAUUGGCAGUUAUUGAUUUUGAUACUGGACUCGUCAUCGACACCGAAGUCCUAUCAAAUUAUUGCUGUGUUUGUGAUUCAAACUCUGCAGAACUAAAUUUUGAUGCCUCUAAGCAUAUGUGUCAAAAAAACUUCAGUGGCUCAGCAAAUGCAAUGGAGGCCGCAGCAGCAUCCAAAAUUUGUUCUCACUCUGUGGCAUCAGAAAACUUGUUUAUGGCAUGAUGCUGUGUGAUGGUGAUAGUAAAUCACAUUCAUCUGCCAUUACCAGCUCAGGAUAUGAUGUAGAAAUCUUAAAAGAGGACUGCAUUAACCACAUCUCAAAAAGAAUGUUUAAUGCUUUGAACAAUUUAAAAAUGUCUAACAAAAAAGAACUAAAUUAUAGGCUUACAAAGCCUAAAAUUGAAAAAAUUACAAAUAACUAUUCCAAAGUUCUGCGCCAAAAUGCUCCUGACAUUCAAAAAAAUGAAGCUGGCUGUUAUGGGCUCAUUUUUUCAUAUGAUGAGCUCAGACCUAGAUCAUAACCACAGGUUGUGUCCUGAUGGCACUACAUCUUGGUGUCACACUUUAAGAGAUCAGAGGCACUAAAACAGCCAUACAAAAAACAUAAUCAGACCAUCACAUCAGAAAUAGGAAAACUGUUAUUUCCUAUAACAGACACAGAUCUGUUAAAAACAUGUUCAAGAAUGGGAACACAAAACGCCAAUGAAUCUUUUCAUUCCCUCAUUUGGCAAAGAUGCCCCAAAACAGAAUUCGCAACAUUAAAAACUAAGGACGGCGACAUACCUUGCUGUUUUAGCCUGUUGGCAUCAGUUUUUGACAUAUUAGGCGUUCCCUGGACACUAAAGAACAUUUCUUCUAGUGAGAAAAAGCAAAAUGUCAAACUACAGCUUGUUGUUAGAAAAAGAAGAUCAA